AUGCAGCCAGAAGACCCUGGCUGCCCGACGACGCAUGCCAAGUAUGUGGUGGACGAUGAACCUCCCGCUCCGCUUCUUUAUGAAUGCGCCCUCAAGUUCCUUCACUCCAGUAACAUUGACUGUCCUCUGUGCACGUUCAAUCUGUACGCUGGGAAUGCCGCCAUUGGUCUCGAAACCAUCACUCUUCCACUACGCACGUCUCUUUCUGGUCACAAAUCUCGAGUACAACCACACGCCCGAUUGCAUUGCAGCCAGUACGGUAGGACUACGCUCAAACCUUCCAGUAUAAGGCAUGCGAGGAAGGAGGCAACUUGGUCUUUCACCUCUUUGACCACUUUUGAAAGCGGAAACGCUUUCACGCUUUCAACGCUUUCAAAAGCGGUGAAAGCGGCUGAAAGCGGUUUUGUGAUUCUACUGAUACGUUUUCAGUGCUCUUUCUCUCCUCUUGGCUCUUCGCUACUUUGGUUGGCUGCAUCAGAUCCGGUUCACCUUCAAAUACUUACUUGUUGCUUGUUUGUUCCCGCGUUUUCUCUUGACGAUACCAAGCAGCUAUCCACCGGGCUAACAUGGUGGUCAUCGGUCUUCAUACGAGCAUACGCGUCAUCAUUACCUACAUCUCUAGGCUCUUCCUCGCUGCCUGGCUCUGGCUUCACCGCACGCUCUUUCCUGCUAUUUCCUCCGUCUUUUCCAGGUCCAAUCCUCAAACGGUGGAGUUACCCACCACCUCGCCCGCCGCACCCCCACAAUUUGCCUCGACUGAUUGUUUUGCUCGGUAUCGUGCUCCCACAUACUAUUAUUGGAGGCAAUGCCCAAUUGUUAGAGGAGGCUUUGCCUCACCAUGAUAUUCUGCAACGCGAACUCUUUGGAAAAAAUUACUCUCAGAAGAGAAUGUCCCACCAGUUCUUUAGCGACGACUAUUUGGGCGAUCCAGUUGGCUUAGAAGGCGAAAAUCCUCGUUUAUCUGGUGAUCCUUUGCAGGCCCCAACCUCCCAGGGAGUGGCUGCACUUUCCACCUUGGACGACAUCUCGUCACAUUUCAGCCCUUCUAGUUGCUCGACUCCUCCUCCCCCUCGGAUUUUUGACUCCUGCGAUUCUUUCGCGCAAGUCGAACGUUCGGGUUCUCUGCGGAAGGCCGUGAGUAUUGGGAAUCUGGGCCAAAGGCGGGGAUUUAAGGGGGCUCCUCUCAAGACCUCAUCAACGACGCCCCAAGGCUCGGUCCUUUCCCUUCCAUCGGCAAAGUCUGUUCGAUCUUCUGGUCGAAUGUCGCCCACCACCCCUCGGACUCCUAUAUCGUCGAUCGUAAAUCUCUGCACCUCCUUCUCACCAAAGUCCAUGAGAAGCUCGAAGCAAGCGCCACUCGAGGUCUACGGUCAAGAAGAUCCUUUCGCAGUCACCGCGCCAUCUUUCUAUACUCUGGUCUCUGCAGGCUCCACUCCGCCCUGGAAUGACGAUGACCUUAAUUUGUAUCUCGACCAGGAAAAAGAUAAAUCUUUGCACAAAGGAGGCAGCCGGUCUCGUAGAAGUUCUAAUGCACAUCGCAUCCCAGGACAUGUCAUGAAGACGACGAUAUACAACGUUUCCGUAGGGCCAAGUUUAUCGACAUCCAGGCCACUGGCGACGCCGACACUCAAGACAACGUCGGAGCUUCCAAAACCUUUAGACAGCUCGGCACUGCCAGUCACUCCUUCGGACGUGGGUGUCGUUCUUACCCCGCCCAGCCCUCCUAAACCUACAAGACCGCCGUCUUCGGUUUCGUUGUCUGAGUCAUUGAAAGUUUUGAUAGAGACAGGUGCCUCUUUCGUUGACGAUGAUCCCUUUACUGGUUCCCAGGCUCCUGCUCCAAAAUCGGUUGUAAGCACGGAUGUGGGUGAUAGCUCUGUUUACUCUGCAAGACAGGAACGAAGUCGUGCAACGAUGGUCCAGCGCUCGGGGAAAGCCACGUUAGAGCUUAUGGAUCCUCCACGUCAGUCAAAGGCGGGUUUUCUGGGCGAUGAGGCUAUAUCAAAUGAGCGAUCUCUUGUCACAUCUAAAGAAACACAGUCGAAAGUCAAGGAGCGCGAUCAUAGAACGACUGUCAAAGUCAAAGUUACAACUCUGGGCGAGUCUCAGGGAAAGGUUGCCGGACGAGGUAAUCCUUCUCCGGAAGUUUCUGGCGCCAAGUUUGAUCACCAUUCGAAUCGUCCUUCUCCAUCCUCAACUCGGGCAACCAGUUCUUCUUUUCCUGACUCUCUGAAGGCCAACGUUCAAUCUGAUACCGCGGUUCCUACUGCUAAGCAAAACAUGUCGACUAAGAACAUUGUUAUCGAAACUUCCAACGGGGAUACGGUAGCAAGCGAUACAAUCAAGAAGAAAAGAAGAUUCUCAGCUCCUUCGGCUUGGCCCAGUCCUUCUAAACCACCUGGUGGCCUUUCCUUCAAAGCCAAGCCCGCAAGUCGGGUCGCCAUGAGAGACGCCACCAACACCUCUCAUUCGAAGGCGACUUCUUGUGCUGGUGUCGUUCCAAGACCUGUCUCGUGGAUUCACAACCUCACCCUAGCGCAAUCCGGUGUCAAGGUCAAGAUCAUCCCGCCGACACCCGUUCUCAAGGGUCCCAAAACAUUUUCUGCUGCUCUGGAUCACAGUCUGCUCGUCGUCGUUGAUCCAGAUGAUGACGAGGCCGAGGAGGAUAUCGUUCAUGGUGACGACGCGAAGCAACGGCGCUGGUCUAGGGGUGUGGCUGAGCUGGUUGCGAUCGUCAACACCUUCGAUUUAAAGACUGGACAGGAAAGGGCGCAGUUGCAACAUAGCGUCUUUCCUAUAUCUUCGAGUGAAGGGAGUCUUUUGACUAAGGGGACACGGGACUCUUUGGCUUUGUUUCGCUCUUCCGUCAAAUAG